AUGGAGAUAAAAGUAGGUAUCACCGUACCCUACAGUGACGAUACAGGCAAGCGUAUUCGUGUUUUUCCACUUACUCAAGAGAACGAUGACUACCCGCCACGUAUCAAUGAAACGUACGACGAGUGUAUUUCAUAUUUAAAACAAGAAGAAGAAUUAUUACGUUCUAGAUCAAGUAAUGCAAAAGCUAAAGAUAGAAAAUUAACAGCAACUGAAAAAGAAGCAUUUAGACGUCUGAAAGCAGGUCAUCGUGGAGUCUGUUCUCUACGACAACUUCGUUACUUUGACACUGGUCGAUCAUUUGCAAGCGACAGUCUGCAUAAUUUGUAUCAUGGUAUUGGAGUGAGUUCAGUUUAG